GCAAUAUGAAGAGCGAGUUUUAACUUUCCAUCGUCCAGAACCAUUCAAGCACUCGGUAUUUAUUAAUAGAGCAGACUAUUUUGCAAUAAAUGGAUACUUUUUACAUGAGAAAUCAUAUCUGCAAUGUGUAUAUUGCAAAUAUAUUAUUGAAAAUCCUUAUGAAAAAGUGAUACAUGUUCCAUUUUGUAUAUAUAAAAAGAUGAGCUAUAAUGGAAAAGAAACGACAAAUGAUGAAAAAGAAGAUGCUGUGGGAAAACAAGCUGGAUAUUGUACAAUAUGCACUCUGUUGUAAUCGAGAUAUUAGUGAUUCCUAAGUGCAUUGUAGUAGUAUCAGGAAAGAAGUAACUUCUGAAAAAUCAUGAUUAGAAAAAUAAAGAAUUGUAUCAUACUUACAUGCAAUGAAUGAUGUGCUGUACUGUCUCUCUCUGCUUACACUAGUUCUUCACACGUCUUUCCUCCUCGAAGACUGGAGUGAUUAUGCAGUCUCGAACUCUGUGAAAUCAACGAACAUAAUGAAAAUCACAAUAAUAAUAUUGAGAAGAAAUUUAGCAAGUCAACAUGUGAUGUUAAUUAUGAAAAUUAAUGAGGAGAUUACAUUCGAAAUAUUGUUAUUCGAGAUAUGUGGAAGUGAGAAUUCGAGUGCAUUGUGAGAAUUUGAUAUUUUUUCUCUGAAUGCAACUUGCUGUACGUGUAAGAAUGCAUUUGUAUGUCAAGGAUGUGACAAGCGGGAAAAUGCACUAUCUCUCACUCACCCUAAAACAAAGAGAGAGGAACGAAUGAGUAUAUAAGCGGCGGUCAAUGGAUUUGCCAGCUUCACUUGACCACUAGUCACGUUUCACACAUAUCCUCACUAUCAUCAUCAUGGAGUCCACACGAGAGCAGUACAUCCUUCCGGAUACACCACCUCAACAAGAACCAUCAUUCCCAUCUUACUGGGCAGUGCAAGCUGCGCGGAAGAAGAAGAUUCCUUCUACCAGCGCUGCACCCCCUGCUGCUGCUGCUGCUGUCGCAUCUGACCCCGAGGACUCGCCCCUGAAGAGACGUGGAGUCUUCGUGGAGAGGAGGAUGAGCGGCGAUGAGCUCAUUAUACCAGACACACCACCAUCAUCUCAUCUAGGAUGGGCGCCGAAGCGAGUGCCGCUAACAACAAUUACCAGCAACAGACAGCAGGGGAAGAGAAAACUGCAAUUUCUCGAGGAUGAGGAAGAAACCAACUUCGUACCCCCAAAGAAACAUAUGUCUGAGAACACCUCCAUGGCUCCGCUACUGGAGGAGGCAUCCGCACGGGAUGAUGAUGAUGAUGAGGACUUCAUCACACUAAUCAAUAAACCAACGCCAAAACCGUGGGUACCUCUCCGUGAGCUGGCGGAGGAUGUUCCACAUGGUAUAAUCGCAGUACGGGAGGAAACGAACCAUCACGGUAGAAGAAUUAUUUUAAAAAUUAAUAUUGCAUCUACGAAGAAAAUCUCUGAGGUAUACCUGCCUCAGAGAUUUUCUUCAAUAAUUUCACCUGCUAAAGUUGUAAAAUUCAAUUCUAACUGUAAAAAUUUAGGAAUAGUAGUGAAGCAUAUAACCGCUACAUGGAGCGAUAUUAAGAUUGUUAAAAUUUAACAAUCUUAUUCUCAUAGCAUGUAGUGGUUAUAUGUUUCACAAGUAGUAUAUAAUGUAAAUAUUGUAGUGUUUGAUAAUAAAUUGUAAUAUUGUUUUUAAAAAAUUGUUCUUAAUUCUCACCUGUUUGUUGUGUCAAAGAAGAAGAAGAAGAUGUAGAAUAGUUCACGCAAGAAUAGAUCCACUUGUAACUGAACACUC